UCCCAGGUGGGCCCCACCGCCACACAGGCCAUGCAUGAGUUCCUGAGCCGCCUGCAGGUCCACCUGUCCUCCACCUGCCCCCAGAUGUUCAGCGAGUUCCUCCUGAAGCUCAUCCACAUCCUGUCCACUGAGAGGGGUCCGUUCCAGUCGGGUCAGGGUCCUCUGGAUGCCCAGGUCAAGCUGUUGGACUUUACCCUGGAGCAGAACUUCGAGGUGGUGUCCGUGUCUACCAUUUCCUCCGUCCUGGAGUCCAUCACGUUCCUGUUCACCACUACACAUCACGUGCUCAGACAAGGUGGUGUCCCGCAGUGGCUCUGACAGCUCCGUGGGGGCCCGCGCCUGCUUCGGAGGUCUGUUUGCCAACAUCAUCCGACCUGGAGACGCCAAGGCCGUGUGUGGGGAAACUACGCGCGACCAGCUCAUGUUCAACCUGCUGAAACUGGUGAACGUGCUAGUGCAGCUUCCUCUGUCAGGGGACCGCGAGUUCAGUGGCCGGCUGCCGCCGGUUGGCAGCGGUGCUGCCGACAGCAGCGUCUCAGAUGAGGAGAAGGUCUGUGGAAGCAAGGAGAGCGUGGCGGGAGGAGUUUCGUCCAGUCCCGGGCCCCCUGCUGGCGUGGCUGACCUGGUGCUAGCUAACCAGCAGAUAAUGAGCCAGAUCUUGUCAGCGUUGGGUCAGUGCAACAGCAGUGCCAUGGCGAUGAUCAUCGGUGCCAGCGGUCUCCAUCUUACCAAACAUGAGAACUUCCACGGAGGUCUGGAUGCCAUCUCAGUGGGCGAUGGCCUUUUCACCAUCCUCACCACUCUGAGCAAGAGGGCCAGCUCAGUGCAGGUCAUGCUGCAGCCCAUUCUGACGUACAUGGCCUGUGGGUACAUGGGCAGACAGGGGUCUCUCUCCACCUGCCAGCUGUCCGAGCCUCUUCUGUGGUUCAUCCUGCGAGUGUUGGACACCAGUGAAGCUCUCAAGGCUUUCCAUGACAUGGGUGGGUCAGGGUGGCUCCGCCUGCUCCAUCACUGCCUGACUCAUGUUGGGGACCUGGAGGCCAUGAUGGCCAGUGCUGCAGCACCCACAGCCAACCUGCUGCAGACCUGUGCUGCUCUGCUCAUGUCUCCCUACUGCGGCAUGCACUCCCCCAACAUCGAGGCAGUACUGGUCAAAAUAGGACUGCAGUCCACGAGAAUCGGACUCAAACUCAUAGACAUUCUGCUGAGGAACUGUGCUGCCUGUGGCACAGACCCUGCAAAUCUAAACAGUCCUCUGCUGUUUGGACGCCUGAAUGGCCUUUCCUCUGACUCCACCAUUGACAUUCUGUACCAGCUGGGAACCACGCAGGACUCUGGAACCAAAGACAGGAUCCAGGCUCUGCUGCACUGGGUGUACGACUCGUCCAGAGUGGCAGGUCAUAAAAUGAGUGCUCUGGCAGGUUACGCUUCUGCCGGCUCCUCCUCCUCCUCCUCAAGAGAGUACGGCCUCCUCAUGCCAUCUCCCUCCCACCUCCACUGCGUGGCAGCCAUCUUGUGGCACAGCUUCGAGCUGCCUGUUGACUACGAUCUUCCUGGGCUGCUCAACAGAGAACUCUUUGAGCUCCUGUUCAACUGGUCCAUGUCUCUCUCAUGCAACAUCGUGCUGAAGAAGGCUGUGGACAGCCUGCUGUGCUCCAUGUGUCAUAUUCACCCCAGCUACUUCACCCUGCUCAUGUCCUGGAUGAAGAUCGUCUCCGUGCCGACAGCCAGCCACUCCCAUGCCCAGCAGCGGCGACUUGCCAUGACGGACGACGGGAAAAAGCAGCAUGACGCUAACGCUAGCACCAGUGGACUAACGGAUGACUCAAAACAUGCCAGACCCCCAGUCAAUCUUUCCGAGUCCCAAUUGACCACCCUGGCAGCCGCUUCCCAGUCCCCAGGAGCCAUCCAGCAGCUGCUGGACUCGGGCCUGCCCUCGCUGCUGGUGCGCAGCCUGGUGCAGUUCUGCGUGGGACUCCUAGUCAGCGCCGACCUCCCUCUGCCUGCUGCUCAAGUUGACAGGCGCCACCACCACCACUACCACUCGCCGUCGCCCUCACCGUCCCAGCAUGGCAGGACGGCCCUGGCCGCUGAACUGGCUGCUCCGGUGCUGCGCUUCCUCACAGAGGUGGGCAACAGCCACGCGAUGAAGGACUGGCUCGGCGGGCCUGAGGUCUACCCUCUGUGGACAGCGCUGCUCUUCCUGCUCUGCCACUCCAGCCAUGCUGCUUCCAAUGCUGGCUGUCAGCCGCUGGCCACUGGAUCCGCUGCAGGUCCACCUCCAGUCCACGCACCACAAACAGGGUCUAAUUUCUCCCAGCUGUCAUCCAGCCAGGCGGGGGGUCUCACCACACAGCAGCGAACGGCUUUAGAGAACGCAACUGUGGCUUUUUUCCUUCAGUGCAUCUCCUGUCACCCUAGCAACCAGCGGCUCAUGGCACAGGUGCUGUGUGAACUCUUCCAGUCGGCUCCACAACGAGGCAACGUUCCUAUCUCCAGAAAUAUCUCAGGCUUCAUCCGAAGACUCUUCCUGCAGCUCAUGCUGGAGGAUGAGAAAGUCACAGUCUUCCUCCAGUCCCCCUGCCCGUUAUAUAAAGGUCGCAUCAACGCUACCAGCCACAUGAUUCAGCAUCCCAUGUAUGGAGCAGGCCACAAGUACCGCACCCUCCAUCUGCCAAUCUCUACUACACUAGCUGAGGUCCUCGACCGGGUGUCUGACACUCCCAGCAUUACAGCAAAGCUGAUCAGUGAGCAGAAAGAGGACAAGGAGAAGAAGAAUCAUGAGGAGAAGGAGAAGAUGAAGGCAGACAACGGCUUCCAGGACAACUACAGUGUUGUUGUAGCGUCAGGUUUAAAAUCCCAGUCCAAACGAGCUCUUCUGACCCCUCCACGACCUCCAUCAAGACGGGGUCGCGUUGUGAGUGACAAGCUGACCUCUUCGUCUGGUGUGGACCCUUCGGCCAAAACCAUCAGCGUGCCCGUCUUCCAUCUUUACCACAAGCUUCUUCCAGGUCAGCCCCUCCCCCCUGAGAUGACCCUGGCUCAGCUGCUGACCCUCCUGUAUGACCGUAAGCUGCCACAGGGCUACCAGUCCAUCAACCUGACCGUCAAGCUGGGCUCCAAGGUCAUCUCUGACCCUGGCCUUUCUAAGACUGAUUCCUUCAAGAGGCUUCGCACUGAGAAAGGUACUGGAGAACCUCUGUCCUCCCGUUACUGCAAUUUAUGCAGUAAUGUGACCUAAGUUCGGUUCAGAUCA